GUGGCUGUUCGCGAUCGCCAAUCAUUGCAUCUCAACUCGGGCCUCUUGAGGGCUCCCGUCCGUCCCAGCUGUUCGAUUGACACACCUUGACAAGCUCUCAGUUGCAUCUACUACUGCUACUACUUACGUCGACCUUUCCUUCCCAGCCUGCCUCUUCCCGUGGACCAUCUUCGCAGCUUACCUUUUGCUACCACUUCAUAACAAUUUGUUUCCAUGUGGUACACUACUUACUGAUUAACAAUUGCUGCAUUACUCCACCCUUGGAUUGGCAAGCUUAUCGGUGUCAACUGCAGCUUCCCAUUUCCCCAAGAAGCGAAUUACCUCUAUCGAUCUGUCCCUGCUACCCCUCCUCUCCACCGUUUCCUCCCUCGUCAAUUUUGAGCCCAACCGCCUGUAGGCCUGUCCGAAGGGGUGUGCCAUAACCUCAGCGAAUAACGCGGAUUCUCUGCAUACCAGUACCAGGGAACGUGCGCUUCCCCCGGGCGUCCAAAUGCCAACCUUUGGAGGCCUCCUCAAGAAGAAGAGGACCAAGGAGUCUUCGGAGGAUAAAACGGUAAACAGCGGAGGCAAUCAUUCGUCCAUUCAAUACAAGCAGUCACAGAAAACCGAUGCGUCGUCAUCUGCAGCUUCGCAAACCACCUCAAAUGCUCCCACACAAGCCACUUCAGGAGCCACCACACAAGUCACUUCGACUCCCGAGCCUACCACCAAACAGCCCGCAAGCAACGGCACGAACAACAUGAACGUAGCCAGUCUCGUUAGCCCCCCUGCGAGCGGCGUGGUGGAUGGCAAAGGAGCUACCCGGCAGACCAAGGGCAAAUAUACCUUGACUGACUUUGAGAUGAAGAGAACACUCGGCACGGGUUCCUUUGGGCGAGUUCAUCUGGUACAAUCAAAACAUAACACACGAUUCUAUGCUAUCAAGGUCUUGAAGAAGGCUCAAGUGGUCAAGAUGAAACAGAUCGAGCACACAAACGACGAAAGGAAGAUGCUGUCGCGAGUCAAACACCCUUUCCUUAUUACUCUGUGGGGCACCUUCCAAGAUUCCAAGAACCUGUACAUGGUCAUGGAUUUUAUUGAGGGUGGUGAACUGUUCAGUCUCCUGCGCAAGUCACAGCGUUUCCCGAACCCAGUCGCAAAGUUCUAUGCCGCCGAAGUGACCCUGGCGCUCGAAUACCUACACUCACAGAAUAUCAUUUACCGGGAUUUGAAGCCCGAAAACUUGCUGCUGGAUAGACAUGGCCAUAUCAAAAUUACAGAUUUUGGCUUUGCCAAAGACGUACCAGACAUUACCUGGACAUUGUGUGGUACUCCAGAUUACCUUGCGCCGGAAGUGGUGGCUUCCAAGGGUUACAAUAAGUCUGUGGACUGGUGGUCUCUUGGAAUCCUGAUCUUCGAAAUGCUUUGUGGCUUCACUCCUUUCUGGGAUGGAGGAUCCCCAGUGAAGAUUUAUGAGAACAUCUUGAAGGGACGUGUCAAAUAUCCGCCUUACAUUCAUCACGACGCUCAAGAUCUCCUUGUCCAGCUGAUUACAGCGGAUUUGACAAAGCGCCUGGGGAACUUGCACGGUGGUCCAUCCGAGAUCAAGAACCAUGCCUGGUUUGCUGAGGUAACAUGGGAGAGACUGGUCAAGAAGGAUAUUGAUGCACCAUAUGUGCCUCCAGUCAAAGGAGGCGCUGGGGAUGCUAGCCAGUUCGACAAGUAUCCAGAGGAAACAGAACAAUAUGGGUCUCGGGGGGAGGAUCCUUUUGGACACUAUUUCACCGACUUCUAAUGAGACACUACCAAGCAAAGCAAUACGACGUACAUGAAUCAUCCGUCGACAUUCGCUUGGCCAGUAUACACCAUACUAAGUGGCCGGUGCAGGAUCAGAAGGAAAAGUAUACCUGCAACAAUACACGAAUAGGGCAUCCCUGAGGCACGACACCUGCUGCAGCUGCUGCAACACCAUGUAUGUUUUUUGGGCUGGCAUUGGGCUCAUGAUUGGACUGUUUUAAUUUGCCGGCCACGCACCUUAUGAUUGAAGUAUCGCGACAUUCCUAGUCUUUUGGAGGUGUUGCUGUUUUGAACGAGUUUCUCGUUCCGGGGCUGUGAAAGUAGAUGGUUACAGCGAUGGAAUGGACUUGGUGUCGAGGAGAGCCGGGGAUGCCUCUUGAGUAGUAGUGUUUACGAUAAGACGACGAGAUGAGACGAGAUGAGACGGGCAGGCCAGGUUGACUGACGAUGGUAUCAGCAGAUGUGUGUGUGUGUGGGUGGGUAGGUGUGUUGGUGUGUUUGCUCCAGGAGUGCUCGUGUACCUCCUUGCCUCCUUUACCUCCUCAUUACCUUAGUUCUGUUCUGUACUCGCCAUUGCCGUGGCAAAGAAAUCAGGUCUUUUUAUCA